AUGGCUGCUGCUGGUCUAUCCAAGCGUGGUGCUGCCAACGUCGACGCAAUUCUACCUAGCAUAAGCGCGGCCUUGCUUGAGAGGACCAAGCCCACAGCCCCUCGAAUUGAUCUCUCUACGGCAGAGAACUGGCUUAUGCGCAAUGAAAUCAUUGAAACGACGAAAGAUGCUAUUGUGCAGGAAUUGAAACCUCAUCACCUUUCGUAUCCCAAUGAAUUUGCCGGAGAUGCAGACCUCAUACGGGCCCUGGCGGCCUUCUUCAAUAAAUACUUCCAUCCUCAUAUCCCUGUGGAAGAAGCACAUAUAGCGACAGCACCAGGAGCAGCCACCUGCCUGAACACUUUUCUAUACAAUGUGUGUGAACCAGGCGAGGGAAUCCUUGUUCCUGCCCCCUUUUGGAAUGGAUUCGACUGGCUUUUCACUGCGCGGUCCUCUGCUGUGCCCAUAAUCGCCCAUGUGGAACGGGCAGCCGACACUCUUACCCCCCGGCUAAUCCCGGCUUUGGAGAAAGCCUAUAGGGAGUCAUCAAUCCCAGUCCGUGGUCUUCUUCUCACAAAUCCGCAUAAUCCUUUCGGCCAGUGCUAUCCCCGGACUGUCAUCGAGGACUGCAUCCGCUUCUGUAACGACAAGCGCAUUCACUAUAUCUCGGACGAGGUAUAUGCGCUUUCCACCUUUGAAAAUCCCGAGUUGUCUGAUGCGCCGCCCUUUGUGUCCGCGUUAGAGAUUGAUGUGACUGGCAUGGGCUGUGAUCUUUCUCGAGUCCACACCUUCUGGAGCACAAGCAAGGAUUUCGGCUCCAGUGGGUUUCGCGUGGGAUGUAGCAUCACGCAGGCAAAUGAAGCGAUGCACGUAGCUUUGGCGCUGGCCUCCAAUACAGAAACCUCCAGCCUCAGCGCGGUCGCUUCGACGGCGCUGCUUACAUCGACUCGGCUGCCAGAGCUCUUGCAAGUCAACAGCGAGCGUCUGUGGGAAGCAUACACACUGAUGACCGACUUUCUGAAGAAGCAUCAAAUUCUGUACAUACCAGUCAACUCUGCCCCCUUCCUCUUUGCUCGGCUCGCUCCUUACGCCGAGUCGUGGGAGCAAGAGAAGGCUAUGAUCGACCGACUGAAGCAGGCCGGGGUAGUGGUGAGUGGCGGCAAAGCGUACCAUGUGAAUGAGGAUGAGAAAGGGUGGGCGCGGAUGACAUUCGCUCUCGAACGAACCCGAUUGGAGGAGGCCAUCAAGCGCAUGGAGACUGUCCUGGGAGAGAAGUCGGUUGACUGA